AUGAAGAUGUCUCCUCCAGACCGAAGGAAAAGCGUGCGCGAGCUGGCGCUGGAGAUCGGGAUCCGCGUGCUGCUCUUUGGAGUUUUCGUGUUCACGGAGUUCCUGGAGCCAUUUGAAAGAGUUAUUCAGCCUGAAGAGCUUUGGCUCUACAAGAACCCUCUGGUAGAAUCGGAUCUCAUCCCCAAGAGAGUCAUGUUUGCUAUAUCAUUCCUCACCCCUCUGGCUGUGAUCUUUGUGGUGAAGAUCAUACGACGAACAGACAAGACCGAAAUCAAAGAGGCAUGUUUGGCUGUGUCUCUUGCACUAGCACUGAACGGCGUCUUCACAAACACCAUUAAGUUGAUAGUUGGCAGGCCAAGACCAGAUUACUUUCAGCGCUGUUUCCCAGAUGGCCAGAUGAAUGUGAAAAUGCUGUGCACAGGAGAACCAGGCAUGGUGUCGGAGGGCCGAAAGAGUUUUCCCAGCAGCCACUCCUCCUUUGCUUUCUCUGGCCUGGGCUUCACCUCCUUCUACUUAGCGGGGAAGCUGCACUGUUUCACCGAGAGCGGACGCGGACGCAGCUGGCGCCUCUGUGCUAUGAUCCUGCCCCUCUACAGUGCAAUGAUGAUCGCUUUAUCUCGCACCUGUGACUACAAACAUCACUGGCAAGACGCCUUUGUCGGUGGUGUGAUCGGCCUGCUGUUUGCCUACAUCUGCUACCGGCAGCACUACCCACCAUUUCUCCACACAGACUGCCACCUGCCUUAUGCCAGCCUGGCACUGAACACCACCCGACAUGCGCCAGUCUCCCAGGAGAUGCCUCAGGCCACAGACAAUUCCACGAGCCUGCCCCUGGAGGGCAUCACUGAGGGUCCUGUAUGA